GGGUCUGAGAGAGGGGGUUCAGAUCAGGGCUGCGACUGCUAAUGCCGCUGCAUGGAUCAUAAGGAGUCAGCGAAGCAAACGACAGAGAACCGCCGCGGCUUUGAACACAAACGUGGAUCGGGGGGGAGAGUGGUGGAGCAGGAGCAGGUCUGCGCGCUAGAAGACGGACGCUGGGGCGCGACACAGUCAGAUGAUAAACACACGGAAUACUGCGGGCUUUGGACACAUGAGCUUUAAAUAUAAUUGACUGGAAAUACUACCGACCAGAUAAAACACAAAGGCAGCCAUCGGAGUGCGCAGGAGCAGGAUGAGGUUGUUUUCUGCCGGGAGCGCUGGACUGUGAGUGGAACAUGGCGAACGGAGGGGACCAGUUCGGCCUGGCAGAGCGUCCGGGCGCGGAUUCCCCGAAAGAGGGCAAACAGGAAAAUCGCAGCUUUACUUUAACCUCUGCCCCUUCACCCCAGACGUCCAGCCAGCAGGUAGAGGCCUGUGCUGAGGAUCAAGAAGGGAUGGAGGCAAUCAAAGUUGCCCUUCAUGACAGAGAACUUUGGACCAAGUUCGAUGAAGUGGGAACUGAAAUGAUCAUCACUAAAGCUGGGAGGAGAAUGUUCCCCAGCUACAAAGUCAAAGUCACAGGACUCAACCCGAAAACUAAGUACAUACUCCUGAUGGACAUCGUGCCCGGGGAUGACCAUCGCUACAAGUUCGCUGACAAUAAAUGGUUUGUAUAUACCGGACGUCUAAAUCACCAGCCGGACCUGCUGCGCCACGGGGCGCCCGGCAGAGCGGGUUUGGGUCUUUCAGACAAACCACAGACACUCCGCGAGUGUCAGUGUCUGACCGUUUUCAAAUCCAUCUCCUUGGCUCCGUGCAGGUCCAUCACGGGAAAAGCCGAGCCCGCGAUGCCCGGCAGGCUCUACGUCCACCCGGACUCCCCCGCCACCGGAGCGCACUGGAGCCGUCAGCUCGUUUCUUUUCAGAAACUCAAGCUUACCAACAACCACCUGGACCCCUUUGGGCACAUAAUCCUCAACUCCAUGCAUAAAUAUCAGCCUCGUCUCCACAUUGUCAAAGCAGAUGAGAACAACGGCUUUGGCUCCAAAAACACAGCUUUCUGCACCCACGUCUUCUCUGAGACUGCUUUCAUCGCGGUGACAUCCUAUCAGAACCACAAGAUCACACAGCUGAAGAUAGAGAACAAUCCUUUCGCAAAGGGCUUCAGAGGCAGUGACGACAACGAGCUGCACCGCAUGGCCAAGCUUCAAGGUAAGGAUUACCCCGUGGUCCCUCGCAGUACUGUCCGUCAGAGAGCGUGCUCCACCGGGAGUCCCUUCAGCCGGGACAGCAGGGGCCUGCAGGCCUCCCCCGAGGCUGUCGGCUCACCUUACAAUUGCGAGAGCGGCUUGAACAGGUGUAGUCCUCAAGAGCCUCCCAGCACUCCAGCAACGCACUACAGCCACCCUCAUCUGCACCUGCAGCCGGGCCAGCAGCCGCAGCUCUACCACUGCCACAAGAGGAAAGCAGAUGAAAACUGCUCUUCAAGAACGCGUCAGCAUCUGUACAAGAAACACUUUACCAGUGGCUCUCCGAGCCAGGGCGAACCUUAUUACCACCCCUCCUCGUACCCCCCUCCUCCACCCGGCUUAUCCAACAACCCUCCUCUGGCUCUGUCUGACUCCCCCUACAGCUCAGACAUGGGCCAGCGUCAGGCAUGCAUGUAUGCGGGGUCUGAGCACAGACUGGAUGAACUCAGCUGUGCAUCCUGGUCAUACUCCUGCCCUCUCCCGACGGCCAUGACCCCCAUGGAACCCUACCCACCUUAUACCCCUCACCCCCCGUACAGCUCCAGCCCUCAGGGCUCCCGGCUCAGCGCCAUAGCCCACCAGAGCUCUCCGCCUCUACCGGAACAUGUCGCCCAUGACCCCUACCAGAGCCACAGCUCCGGACCAUCUCAGAACUCCCAAAAUCUUCACGGCAGGCAACUCGGCUCUCCGCUCAGAGAGUACCCUCGCUACAAUCUGUCCCCGCCUCUUUACCACACUCUGGACACUACCACACACAUCAGGUGUGGAGUCCCAGAAUGGAGCGCAGCUUCCUAACUGACCCAGAAAACAAACUUUACCUCAACAGUUCCCACUCCUCCUGCUCUACUGAGGGAUUCUGCACUGUGUACAGACUAAAAAUGAUGAUACAUUUGUAGAAGUAUUGUGAAAAGUGUAAUCUAGUGCUGUGUGAAGAGGUCUCCUCGUUAGUUAUGCUUCUCCCCUCUCCUGGAAGGAGUAGUGAACUGUUAAGGACUGGAACUGGACAAUUACAAAGCAUUUCAUGUACAAAAAAAAAAUUGCUCCUUCCAAGCAGCACAAUGGACAUUAAAGGUGUAUUUUCUUGUUUUUGCUUAACUCAGUGACUGGUGUCAUCCAAAUAUUCGAACUGUGAGCCCUUUUAAGGCCAGACCAUUAACAACACUAGGCUGUUUUCCUCUCAGUGUCUUCCUCUUUAUUCUUUGUGAAGGAUGUAAAUUGUGAACACUGUCAGACAGGCAGUAACAUUUACUGGCUUAAAUGAUCUCAGCUCUCCCAAAAGAGCCUUCAGGAGUUGCUAUUUCACUAGUGGAGCAAAGCGUAGCUCCAUAUUCAGUCUUGAUGAAGGAGGAAAGGCAUGUGUUGGCUAAAAGUGUGUGUGUGCGUGUGUGUUGGUCUGUGUAUAUGCAAAACCUGUGUCAGCUCAGCUCAGCUCAAGGAUGCUUUGAGUUAAUUUCCAAUGAGACAGGCAGUAGUAGCUGCAGGCGCUGCACCACAGAGAUAAAUAGUUUGUUUAGACCUCGCUACAGGCUGAGGGACCUGUAAACACUGUUUCCAGUGCAUUCUGGGUAACUGCACAAAUCGGUGUCACACAGCUGUCACCGCUGUCCUCUCAGUCACCCCAACCUGACCAAUCGGCUUCCUCUGCUCACCGAGAGGUGGCCAAUGCGCAUGCAGCUCUCUUUUAUUUUAUGCCUAGCAGACUAGUCAGGGCUUGAGCGCUCUCUCUAUGUUUGCUGGCCCAUUUUUGUUUGUUUGUGAAUUAUUCAUGAGUUGAGUGUGGAUCCUUGAUGUGAGGAUUGCUCAGCAAAAGAAACAUCUCUGAAUGUGAUAAUGUUGAUGCACCGACUUCCAUCAGUCUCUUUGUCUCAGAUCUUAAUUGGUCUCUGACCUAAGUAACGAUUUGGGUGACUGUAAAAAAAAAAAAAAGCAUUUGUAGCUCUUUUGUGUGCAAAAGAAAAAAUGAAAAGCUGAGAUUUUAUUUUUGUGCCAUCGAGCAAUUUUCUAUUUCUGCCCAGGUGUUUGAACAUGCAGUACCGUCUCUUCAGGCUCUCCAGCAUAACAGAAAGAAGACCCUGGUCAUUCCUUCAUACGAUAUGUGUGUGUGUUGGUGUGUGUGAUAAUGACAUGUAAGGAUUAUUUUAUAGGUUGUUUUUUUAGCAUUGUUCCUGCUAAUAGUAUUUAUUACUCUAGAUUUGUAAAGAAUAGUUUGUUGUUAACUUGUGGAACAAGGUUGUUGUUCAGAGAUAUUUGUUUGUUUCCUGUCUCACCCUUCAUCCUAAACUGGGGAUGCAUAGUUGCGAUAAACAGACUUUUCUGUUCUGUUAAAAUAAAUGCAGAUUUCUAAACAGAAACUGAAUAAAUUUUUCAAGUGAG